AUGGACAGCCAAGAGCCAAAGAAGGUCUUUAAUGAUCCCAUCCAUGGGCACAUGGAGAUACACCCUCUCCUUGUCAAAUUCAUUGACACUCCCCAGUUUCAAAGACUACGAAACAUCAAGCAGCUGGGUCCAGUCUACUAUGUCUACCCUGGAGCAUCCCACAACCGUUUUGAACACUCCAUUGGAGUGGCGCACCUAGCAGGACAGUUUCUACAAGCUCUGAGAGACCGGCAGCAAAAGCUUGGCAUCACUGAUGAAGACAUCCUUUGUGUGCAGAUCGCUGGUCUCUGCCAUGACCUUGGACAUGGGCCUUUUUCUCAUUUGUUCGAUGGAAGAUUCAUUCCUGAAGUAAAGAAGCGAGAACAGCAACCAUCAAACAAUGACGACUGGAAGCAUGAGGACGCUUCUAUAAUGAUGUUUGAUCACAUGGUGGAAGUUAAUAAGUUGGAGGAGGAGAUGAAGGAGUACAAGCUGGUUCCGGAUGAGGACCUUGAAUUCAUCAAGCAGCUGAUAGUUGGACGCCCACGCAGUGAAAAUGUCAGUCAGUCAUUGCCACACACUACCAGUGGAAGAGGCAAGGACAAGUCUUUCCUCUAUGAAAUCGUGGCCAACAAAACCAGUGGCAUUGAUGUCGAUAAGUGGGACUACCUCGCCAGGGAUUGCCAUCAUCUGGGCAUUCCCAUGAGCUUUGACUAUCACCGCCUCCUGAUGUUUGCCAGGGUGUGUAAGGUUAAGGAACAGACAUACAUCUGCAUCAGAGACAAGGAAGCAGCAAAUCUGUAUGACAUGUUCCACAGAAGGUUCUCUCUCCACAAAAUAGCCUGCCAGCACAGAGUGAGCAACAUCAUAGCAUACAUGAUCACAGAGGCCCUUUUAGAGGCAAAUGAACACAUCAAGAUUGAUGGACUCAAACUUUCUGAAACCAUCCAUGACAUGAGCUCCUACACCAAGCUGACAGACAGCGUGUUUGAUCAAAUACUCAACUCCUCUGAUGACAAUCUAAAGGGGGCAAAAGAGAUCCUCAACAAGAUUGUCCAUCGACAGAUCUACAAAUGUUUGGGCAAGAUUCCUAGCAAGGAAAAGAUGAGGGAAAUCAAAAACAAGUGGGAAGAAGACAAAAAAACUCAGACACACCUCCAGGAUUUCAUACUCGAUGUUGUUACUCUGGAUUAUGGGAUGAAGGGUGAGAAUCCCAUUGAUAACGUGUAUUUCUACAGCAAGAAGAACCCUGACAAACCAAAAAGGAUAAGCAAGGAACAGGUGUCCAAGCUCCUCCCAGCGGAUUUUAAUGAGACGUUCCUCAGGGUCUAC